UGCUAGUUUGGUGUGAUAUGAGAACAUGUUUUUCACCACUAUUACCGUCAGUGUGAUAUCCUUGCGUUCAUCCCUGGCCCAUAUCUCCACAGAUUGGAGCGGGCGGUGUAUAUUAUAGACACGCUAUACAUUCUCAUGUAGCCCACUGGUUGCCGGAGCACCAUCAAGGCUUUCACAAUGCCGCCUAUCAGAAUGUUGAGCCAGGAGGAGGAGAGUCCUGGGAAUAAGCCCAUGGUCUAUUUCGCGGACCUCUACCACAAAGACCACCCUAAGGAGCGCAUCAUCGAGCGCCUGACAGAGGUCAUCACAAGAAACACCAAGGUCCAGCAACACCAUGUAAUGCUGUUAGCUCCCUCUGCCAACGAGCUCAACAAGAUUUCUCAGAAAACAAACAUCAAGGAUGGAAACGGUAUCACCUAUCAUAAGAUCAUCACUGAUAACAAGAUCCAGGCAUUUUAUGAAGGAAAAGAGUUCCUGGAUUCCAAUACUCUGAGCCGAAUGGCAAUGGUCUGCGCUUGUGAACAGAGCGGUUUCUGGAAGCAGCUGGGCGAAAUGUUCUUCACCAAGGCAUAUCAGAUGUUUUUCGCGGUGGUCGGAUCGGGAAAGAUGGAACUGACUGCAUCCUAUGGUCUGGAAUGUGAAGUGGAGGCUUUUCUUCAAGCUUUACCUUCCAUUGGAGACAUCCAGAUUUUGAAGUCCCCCCUCAUCCCGGACGCCAUUUUCAACCACGGUUUCACUACCAGAAAUGGCGGGAUCUCCUCCUCACCCGCCCUCCGGUCGCUCAAUCUCGCCUUUGCCACUCGCAAACGGGACUCCAUGCUGGUAAUCAACGAGAACCGACGUCGCCUGGGUGACGCUGCUGGAUUCAACAGCAAGAACAUGCAGUUUCCCAAGGUGGAGCAUGGCAACAGAGUAUGGAGUAUUGGUCAGGAUGUUCCAGCGGGAUUUGACGCCAUCGUGACUCGCUCAGCAGGGAUAACCAUAGCAGCUCCAGGGGCAGACUGUGUCACCAUUUUGUUUGCGGACCCAGUGCGACGCGUCUGUGGUGCUACCCACGCAGGCUGGAGGGGGACGCUGAAAGGCAUCACUAUCGCUACCGUCCAAGCCAUGGAACGAGAUUUCGGGUGUGACAUCGGCAACAUUGUCGUGGCUAUGGGUCCAUGUCUUUCAGCAAACAAUCUGCAAUUCUCUCCUGAAGACGCAAAAGGUUUUGCGGACAUUGACCCGUCCCUUGUGCUACACAAAGAAGGUGAUCCGAAAGUUUACGUUGACUUGCUGUUAGCCAACAAGAUACUCCUACAGAGAGUUGGAAUAAGGCAGGAGAACAUUGACACAAGUGCCCACAGAUGCACGUAUGACAACCCAAAUGAGUUCUACUCGUUCAGGAGGGAUAAAUUUCCUUUCGGUAAUCAAAUUGCGUACAUCAAUAUCAGAUAGAGUCGUCUCCCUUGUCAACAUGAGUUAUCUCCCGUGUGACAAGCCGACAAUAAACCUCAGUGGACCACCUAUAGAUAAUGUAUUCCCAAAGACUAUCCCAAACGGGAACUCACCGAAAACAGGAUUCCAUGAACAGUACGUGUGGUGUAGGUUUUGAAAUGAUUGAAUAUUAAUGCAAUGUACAGACAAACGAUAUUGCAUAUGUGUGAAUUACAUGAUGACCAUUGAUGGGAUGUAUUACUAGUGUAACACUGAAUAAGUAAUUAGUAUUGUCAAGAAACCUGCAUAGCAACACUGCAUGCAUUGAAAUUUACAUUAUCACGGCAUGUGCUAGUAUGUAACAAACAUAACUACAUAUAUGCUACUGAAAAUAGUUGAUGGUCGCCAGAUUGUUUCAUACAACAUUUGUUUAUUGUGAGAUGGAAGGUACACUCGAACAGUAUGAAGGAAUCGGAUGAUCUUAAACCUAUUAAGUAGUAUGGUUGGAGUCAGAGUGAGAACUAUUCACAGUUGACAAUCAGACAUAUUAUAUUUAACUUUACCUGAAAAACGCUAUUGGAAUCAAUCUAUUAUUGAAUAACGAUAUAUUGAUAUAAUAUAUAAAUUUAUUUAUUCAUUUGCUUCAGAUAUACUAAUUUAUUCGACAUUUAUUUACCCGCCAUUGCUGUUUAUGAUGUUCUCAUUCCCUGACGGAUAUGAUGGCAUUGCCCAUAUGAAUUCAUUUAUUUAUAGAUUUUGUUUAAAUAGACUGAACAUGGCUUGUAUUCCUCUUGAUCUGGAAACGGCAAUUAUCAUUUUACUUUGCAUAUUAUACUUCUCAUUGUUUGGUUUGAUUUUGUUGCAUUAACGGAUUUUUUAGGGCGUGGAUGAGUGUUAUACAACCCGUUUGAAAAUAAAAUAUUUGUUUUCAUAA